AUGGAAGCGCCACAUAAACGACAACGCGCCAACACCAACGGUGAUUCGAUCGCGCUGCGAAACUUCACCGAGGCCGGUGUUCUCGCCGACUUUUUCGCCAAAAGCGAACUCCAAGAUUGCAUCGACGUACUGCAUGCAGACGACGGUGGCAAACUCAUCAAGGAUAUACUCCUAAACGCAGCUCUUUUCACACCAGAGAUUGCUGCAGCCCUGCGCAGCCACAAACAAGAAUACAUGGAGCGACAGCGUUGCAAGGUCGUCGAUUUCAGCAGUUACGCCCGGAAGGUGGAUUAUUGGAUCAACGAGCGGUACAUGAACUCCAGCUGUGCGAAGCAAUACAAUGCCGCCUUUGACGUCAUACGCCAAAUAGAAGAAGUUUUCACGACCAUCGUUGAACAAGCUGCUCAAGAGUCUGCUUCCUUCGGCACGAAGCAGUCUGCGCUCGAUGCGCUGUACCUUAUUGGAUGGGCGAUCUGUGAAAGCCAGGAAGAGAUCGGCAAACAAAUCCGUAUGCAUUUCCAGGUCGACAACUCUUUGGAAGACUCGAUGAACGCCGUCAUUGACGAGAUGAGCGUGGAGGAGUGUGAGAGGAUGUGUGCUCGGGAUUAUUCCGGCGGUACAUCGUUUUUGGGAGCAAUGGAGGAGCUUAAGAAGCUUGCUGACGAUUACUGCGUUUGCACGGGACUCCAAGACGUGAUCACAAAUCUUACUUGUGAGGAUGAGACGGACGAGGAUGGGGAAGGCGAAGAAGAAGCGUAA